CAUCCUUGAAUUUCUUACGUGAGCAUGUAGGUUAGAAUACUGCGUAAGAUUUGUACGAAGGCAAAAAAAAAAGAAGAAGGAAAUUAUCGAUUGCAACGUCCAUCUCAAAUUCCAGAAAAGAAUGUCAAUCGUUAAUGAGUGUAAUGUUAAUUGCGAACUUGUGCAUGAAAAAUGUGAAAAUACGAAAGAGAAGAUUAUCUUAAAUCUUAUCGGUUUUCAGUUCCGAUAACGAGAACGAUAAACAUCUCCUAAUGUUUCUGGUUAUCGACGCAUUUAACAUUGAAAUUCCAUUGUCGCGUCAUUUUCGUGUAAAGGAGGUCUCGUAAAACGAAUUUAAUAUGAUAACCUCAUUUUUUGGAGAAUUAACAUGACGUGGAACCCGCUAAAAAAGAAUCAUUUGACGUUGAGACCCAGUCCAGCACACCCUCUACUUUCACAUGCUGAGGAUAGAGAACUGGAUAUUGCGGUACAAAGACUGAUCUACGUUGAAGAUACAAUCAGAAAGUUAACAAAAGAAAUGAAAAAGUAUCUCCAAGCUGUAGUUAAUUUGGAUAGAGCCGAUCAACGUUUAAGUAUGAAUUUAACUACUUGUGGUCUCACUCAUAUCAGUGAUGAGUUCAGAAGAAUCGUAGAAGAAUAUCAUUCUAUUACUACACAAGUUGGUAAAACCGUACAAGAAAUGGCAGCUUUAUGUCAUAAAACUUUCAUAGAUCCUUUGAAAAAAUUGCGUGACGAGUUUGCAUUGAUUGCUGCUGCAAUAGCUAAAAGAGAGGAAUUAGUAACUGCUUGGAAAUAUUCGUACAAUCGUGUGAAAAAGUUGCAAGAAAAGAAAGAUAGAACCGCCAGUCAUAUUGCUAAGUUAGAGAGAGAACGUAGAGUGGAAGAAGCUGCUGCUAAGGAAUUAAAAACUUUACAUGCUCAACUACUUAUAGAUUUACCUAUGUUUCUUGAUAAAAGACUGGAAUAUAUAAAACCGAGUGUACACGCUCUAAUUAUGAUACAAUUAGAUUAUUACGGUAACACAACAGGGCUCUUUACGCAAUUGAUGCCUAUACAUAAUCCUUCUGAAUCUCCCAGUACUGCAAUACCAGAAGAGGAAUAUCAGCAAUCGAUUAAUAGCCAAAUUAAUAGAAUAAGAGGAUUAACGAUCGUCAAAGAUCAUUAAUGUUGAGGAUUCUUUUUUCCUUUUUUUUUUAUCUUCUUUUUUUUUUUAAGAAGAAUUAACAUUUUAAUGAUUCCACUGUGUAAAGAUAUAAAUGUUAGCAGUAUAAAAGACUAGGAUAUAAUAAUCAUGCAAAAUGUAUUUUUAACAAUUCCAUUAUCUUUAUCCAUAAAAUUAUUCUUAAGGCUUUGGGGAUGCCAUAGCAUUUUGUAAACUAUAUUUCAACCGAAUAAAUCUCUUGCUAAGUUUAACAUA